GCUCUUCCUCCGCAUCGACACCAGCCAGCUAUGCGGCUCGUCGUGUGUGUUGCCCGUCUUGAGUGGUUUCCUGGUACCCACCACCCUUUCGUCAUGCGCCUGUCCAUCCCACGUUUUUGGCGCUGUAUAAACUGCCAAAUCCGAUAGCCAGGUCUUCAAUUGUACCUUUGCUCCCGCUCCAGUCUCUAAUUGUACCCAUUACGUUAGAAGUCUCCCAUGUCUGUUUCUUUUUGACUGUUAUACCAUCCCAUUUCUUCUUUUUCCUUCUCUCGUCUACAUCCACAUCCACACCUACGCCCACUUUCUUCUAGUUGAUCCAGAAGAAAGCUUCUUUCAGCCUCGCAGUCUACUCACAUUACCAUCAACACAACUCUUCUAUAUCAUCAUCUCAACCAGAGCAACUGCAUCAUGGCAGCUGUACUUCCCCAAACAACUGCUGGCAGCUUACUGGGUCGUCGCCGCGUUAGCAACCCCCAGUUCAAUCCUAGCAUGGUAUCAUAUAUGCCAUCUUACGACAUGGGUCUCAAGAAUCCAAUGGCACAACAAGGCCAACAUCAGAUGCCAACCUCUCACUUCAUUCCAAUUCAAACGGGGUCCGAGAUGGACGUGAUGAUGGACAUGAACGCAUACUCACAGCCUAGCAUGGUGCCCAACGCCAUGGCGUAUCACAACACAAUGCCUAUGGAUCACUCAUUUACGAAUUUCAACAUGGCCAACUCAUAUAAUGGAAGCAUGCAGGUUGUGCCUCUCGAAUCCAUCCCUCAAUGGCAGACCUACGAUCACAUGGCAAUGCAACAACCUCCAGUCAACAUGUCACAUAUGAGAAGCGAGAGUCAGUCAAGCAUUGAAAGCUGUCCUCCUUUGAUCAAGUCCGAGGACGAGCAGUCUCCUGUUCUCCACAACCAAGUCUUCUUCAACACGCCCGCGUACUCCUCUAUGCAAGCCGACACCUCGAGCUCAGUCGGAUCCGACGACAUCCCAAUCACGGCCUCUUCUACCGACAUUGAUGCAUUGAUGAAGGCCAUCCAGUCGAAAGUCACCAACGGAGCAGAGCAAACGACCAAGCCAAUCCCUCGGGAACAGUACGCAGAAGCUUCAAGCCCACCCAAACCCAGAAAGAGGUACCAAUGUUCAAUUCCGGACUGCAACAAGUCAUUCUACCAGAAGACACACCUCGAAAUCCACACACGAGCACACACUGGUGUCAAGCCUUUCGUCUGCAAGGAACCCAGCUGUGGCCAGCGCUUCUCACAACUCGGAAACCUCAAGACACAUGAGCGUCGUCAUACCGGCGAACGUCCAUACAGCUGCGAGCUUUGCGGCAAGACAUUCGCUCAACGUGGCAACGUAAGAGCACACAAGAUUGUACACACAGCAGCAAAGCCCUUCACAUGCCGUCUUGACGACUGCAACAAGCAGUUCACUCAACUCGGUAACCUCAAGAGUCAUCAGAACAAGUUCCACCAAGAGACCAUCCGCAGACUCCGCCAGACUUUCGAGAACCUACACGAAGGCGAUCAUGUCAGCUCUUGGGAGAAGGUCAUGUGGGAAUACUUCACUAGCCUUUACAAGAACUGCAACAAGGGUAUCAAAGGCAGAGGCAAGGACCGUCGCAUCAGCACUACCGGCCUUGGCCUCAAGUACGAAGAUGAGGACCUUGACGACAGGCGUAGCAGCUACGCAAGCGCCAGCUCAGCUUCCAGCGGUUACAGCAUGUCCAACGGCAUGGAUCACCUCAAUAUGGGCGUGCCAUCAUCGAUGCCAGAACAGCCAUCGUUCAACUCGCCCGUCUAUAUGAUGCCUCAGGACCAUCGCGCAUCCUUCUGAUCGCGUAUAGCCGCAAACGGCGCGCUACGAUGAUCCUUCCAACCACCUAUUCAUUUCAUCCACACCAGUAUGACGUUUACGAAUAUCGAUUAUUUCCUACUUAGCGGCUUUUUAUCACGAUGCGGCCGAAACUGGCAGUUUCUUUCGGCAUGCUUUUGCAACGGGUGUUAUAGAUCUGCUUUCAUCGGGCUUUUUUGACGUUUCUGGAAGCGCUUAUAGGCUGGGAGUUUGGAUGGACUCGUGUUUUUCGUUUGUGUCCAUUUGAGCGGCCUUCAUCAUGUUUCCUCUGUUUCUUGUACACUUGUAGAUAUCCAAACGAUCCUCUUACGAGAGGUGAAUUGUAUGACUAGUUUUACCAUCAUGAUCCUUGCACCAAAAGGUUACUGC